UUAACUUAAUAUAGUAUUUAUAUUUUUGUAAAUUUACCUUAUUCGAUAUUGAUUUAUAUUUUAGUUUGAAAUAAACAUUUUUUUGGUAAUAUUAACAUUUUUAAAAAUAGUAAACUUAAAUAAUAAUUUGUCAUACUACGAUUGGUCGUUUAAAUCCUAUGUGGACGCUCUCGAUGGCUUAUAGCCUCAACUUUUAUAUAGUAUAGAUUUUUCUUGCUCCUGUUAGAUGAGUUUGGUUUUAUAAAAUCUGAAGGUAAAAAUGGAAAAUUUUGAUUCAAAGAUUUUACACAUAAAAGUAAAUCCAAAUUAAUUCAUAAUCUUUCAAGUCAAAUGAAUUAUGAAUAUCUAUCAAACAUGAAGAACACAAGAUUUUAAAUGUUAUAUUCAAUUCUUUAAUUGAAUAACAAUAAAUUUAAAAUCUCCUUACUGAAAAGAUUAUGAAUACAAGAACUAAUAAUAUAAGAUUUUGAAAUCAUUUAAUAUAGAUAUUUUAAAUACAAUAACCAAUAACUCUAGAUUUGAUAACAAAAAUUAAAAUCAGUCAUUAAAUAACAUUAGAUUAUAAAAACGAAAAAUCCAUUGGCAGUAAAUUAACAUAGAUUUAAUUUUAUCAUAAUACGUAUUAUAAAUAGAGAAAGCUUACAAGAAAGUUUUUUGCGUUUACACCGAGUAUAAGAAAAUUUUUAAGAAUGUCGGAUUCCGUCAACUCUUCAUCUGCUUCCAAUCAUUUCGACGGCCAGUUGUCAGCUUUGCGAGAGGCCAACGUGCAGUUAGGAUUCCGGAUAAGGACAAAAGUCCAGGAAAUGGAAGAAUUCAACAAGAAAACAACCACCUCCAAAGAUGAGCUCAUAGCUUCCAUAACUUGCAUUGGCAAGUGCAUUGACAGUCUUGAGAGGGCUUUGUUUCAAAACAGGGUGGUGAUAAAUAAUAAAGUGAAUCCACCUAUGUUGGUUAGAAUAUCUAAAGAUAUGACCAAUGAUACACUAAGGUCAAAUGCCAAGCUCCUCAUGGACCAUUUCAAGAAACAUACCCUCCAGUACUUUUCUAAUGCUUUCUUCCCUCCUGUUACUGCACCAGAUGGUGAUGUUUUGCCCAAGUUUGCUAUCUUCAGGUCUCAUCUCGAAAAAUGCGAGUCUCUCUUUGACCAGGUCAUGAUGGAAGGUUAUGAUUGCAACUUGCAAGACAUCUAGCUGAAGAUGAUGAAGCUUCUAACCAGCUUACCUUACAGUGGCAGAGCCAAAAUUGUUAUUUAAAAGAGUCGUUUUAUUGAACUAAUUAUAUAAUAAUAUUAAAUUAUUUAUCUUAUAAGAAUUAUUAAUAUGAAUAUUAUAACUAAAAAGAAUAUCAGUUUGUUAUAAACCCCACGAAUUAUAAUUUUAACUAAAACUUAUAUGUUGUGAAUAAAUAUAUGAAUAUUUUUAUAUUAUAUCAACAUAUGUUUACAUUUCUUUUUAAUAUUAGUGAAUGAAUAGGAUUAUAUUAGUUUUGAUUCUUCAAAAUAUUAAUUUAUCUAAAUAUAUAUUAUAGUAAAGAAGAGAAAAAUAAUCAAAAGGAUUAAAAAAGUUAACAAAUGAUAGGGAAAAAUGAGGUAAAUAAACAUUAAAAUAUUAUUUUAAAAGGCAGAAACAAAAUAAAAAUAACAAAGGUGUCAAGGGAAAUGUUUGACCUCGAGACAAGGGGGUCAACUUAUAUAGAACUCUAACCAAAUUAUCCCACAAUUACUUAACUUUAAUGAACAAAAAAUAAUUUGUAAAAAAUCACAGGGUCAGCUGACCCCCUCACGUAGACAUAGCUCCUCCAAUGUUACCUUAUCAUGUUGGAUAUGCUUACGCACCUGUGGUUUCUAAUGUUAUUGCUGGAUCAAUUAGUUUAUUAAGUGGAUUUUGACACCUAAUGAUGUAUGUGUCAAGUAAUUAUGCUACUCCUUUUAUAUAUUCAGUCUAGUUAAUGGAUAUGUGUUAUUUCAAUGUCUAAUUUGAUUUAAGUGAUUUAUCUCCGGUCUAACUUCCUUCCUACAAUAUAUACACCACACACAGAAAACGGAUAAAAACUUAAUAAUCCAAGAAGAGGAUCUCAUUUUCUUAUCACAUUACAUCGGAGAUGUUCACACCUUUUGUCAUUCAAAUGAAUCAUAUCAGAACAAGUUCUGUUCUGAGUUAUUUAUGUAAUUUAAGCAUCCCUUGCACGAUUUUGUUUCCUGGGAGAUGAAGGUGGAAACAUGAUAACAUGAUAAUUGAAGGGCUGGGAUAACAUGAUAAUUAAGUCUGCUCUUUAAACAUCCACUAAUGAUUCAAGCACUCCAAGCCAAUCUUACUUUAUUUAUGGAGCUCCAGUACGCAUGUACGUUCUAACCAAUCAACUCACAUUGAUUACAUUUGCUUUGAACAGCUGUCUGAAUAUAGCAUGGCUGGUCAAAUGAUUUUUUUUUUUUUGAUAACUCUGGUAUCUGGGCAGCCACAAUCCCAACUAUCGCCCCGAAAGGAGUCCAGCGCCCCAACGGAAGGGAUGUUAAAUCCGUUGUGGCCAAGACUCGAACCCGGGUGGCGGGCAGCACAGUUGUACCUCCUUUACCACCAAGCUACGAGCGCUUGGUUGGUCAAAUGAUUUUCCAUCGUGGGAAUCAUGUCCAAUUAACCAAACGGGCUGUCCAAAUCCGUAUGCUAUAGAUAUAUCCUUGUGUGUGACAAUUAUUGGUGAGUUUGGCAAAUCUUGAAAAUUAUUAGUGAGUUUUGCAAAUCUUGAAGGAAGGAAACGUAGUGGUGUGUGAUGCAAGUAACAAUAGUUCAUAUCAACAGCAAAAAAGUGGGAAACAUUCAUAACAAGUUUUAAAAGAAGUAGUUUUAAUUAUGUAUUGUAAAAGAGAAAGUGGCAACUUGUUGGAUUUGAAUCUGCUAGGAGCGAACCAGAAAGUAAUAUCAAUAAUUUGUUGGAGACAUGAUCUCUAGCUUGCAUUUAGGAUCGUUUCAAGAAAGAUCUUCGCAAAAGAGAGGAAUGCAGACUAUAGGGAGAGCUUCAGAAUUUGGUUGCUUAUCAGGUGACCAGAAAGCAUUCAUCACAAGUUAGUUGGUUUCUCAGGUGUAAGACCUGGAUCACAAUGGAUCAAGAACAUAGAAAACACACACAAUUGCGAAGAUACUAUUUGUGAGGACGACAUUCAUCGCAACUUAUGGAGGAAGUUUUUUUUUUUUUUUUUCUUUAGGGACAUUCAUCGCAACUUAGAGCAGCUGCAACGGGGUAACGUUGAUGGUCCUUAGCGGUUAAUCAUAUGCUUAUCGGAUUAUAAAAAUAUUAUUUGAGCUAAAUAAGCUAAGGAAGAAUCCGUAACUAAGGAUUUAAAGGCGUUGAUCCUUAGAGACGUGGCAGCCGGUGAUACGUUCGGUCCGCUUUCGUCUUUUGUAUACCAAAAAAAAAAGAUUUCAUUUUCGACCGAAGCCGAGAAAAAAAGAAAAGCUCUCGAGGAAAGGCGAUUUCGAUCUGUAUACGAAGGUAAAUCGAAGCCUUCUCGUGCAGAUUUAUGGAUUUAGAUUAGGUUCGAUGUUGUUUUCCUCUCAAUUUAGUGUUUGGUUUUGUGUUUUCAAUCGAUUUGGGGAUAUUUACGUUUGAAAUUAGGGUUUAGAAUAACUGGGUUUUCAAUCGAUUUGGGGUUUAGGUCGUUUGUAGUUAGGGUUUGAAAAGGAUUUUGGUUUCAAACGAUUUGGGGAUCUACUCGUUUGUUCUUACAAUCGAUUUCUUACUCUUUUGUCAUGUUUUGUCAAUAUGGGGAUCUACUCUUUUGUCAUGUUUUGUUAACUCGAUCCCUCUGUUUUGUUCAAUCGGUGCUUGUUUCUCUAAUGCUCUGUGAUUGUUGUUGUUUAUUAUCCACUUCGCUUUAUCUUCUUCGCUUUAUCUUCUUCGCGUUAUCUUCUUCGCUUUAUCUUCUUCGCUUACAUGAUUUCUUUCAGGUUAACGAAUCAUGGGACAAGAUUACUCGUACACCCAGCCUUCUUCAUCAAACGAGUAUGACAUAACGUCCCUUCUUCAAGCAGAAGCUGAACUGUACGCCGAUGGAGCUGAGAGUAGCUACCAUAUUGCUGAGCCGGUUCAGUACCCACCUCAACCUGAGGGUGAUGAUGGAAUCCCGACGACAUGCUACUGUGGUGGUGAGCCUGUUGUUGCAACAUCUUACACGCGUAAAGACCCAGGGAGAAGGUACUUCACCUGCGACAAUAUCGAUGAUGGGGACUGCCACAUAUGGAAAUGGUGGGAUGUGGCUGUUACAGAGGAGAUGAGUGACAUUCAGAGACAACUUAGGCAGCUUAAGGAUCAAGGUUUUGAGUAUGACCAGAAGCUGGUUAAGCUACAGAAGACCGUCUGUGAGUUAUCUAAGAAGAAAUCAGGGGUUAGAAAUGGCUUUGCAUUGGAAGUUGGGUUACUGGUCUCUGUAUUAGUUUUUUUAGGUCUGGCGGUCAUGUUUCUGACUAGUAAGUUUAUCUCUUCUGCUUUUGGUUGUCCUUUAUGCAAUUUUGUAAAACUUUUGACUGUUUGAUCGCAUGUUUUUGCAGCAAGAGCUUCAA